UUUCUUCAUGGAUUGGGAGAUACCGGGCAUGGAUGGUCAGAAGCGCUUGCAGGUAUCAAAAGCCCCCAUGUAAAAUACAUUUGCCCACAUGCGCCGGUUAUGCCAGUUUCUUUGAACAUGAACAUGGCUAUGCCAUCAUGGUUUGAUAUCAUUGGACUUUCUCCAGAUUCACAGGAAGAUGAAGUUGGGAUCAAGCAGGCAGCGGAGAAUGUUAAAGCACUGAUAGAUCAAGAAGUAAAAAACGGAAUUCCUUCUAAUAGAAUUAUUCUGGGAGGCUUUUCUCAGGGAGGUGCUUUAUCAUUGUAUACAGCUCUUACAACACAACAAAAAUUAGCAGGUGUUGUAGCCCUCAGCUGUUGGCUUCCUCUACGGGCUUCUUUUCCUCAGGGCCCUAUCAGUGGUGUCAACAAGGAGAUUGCUGUUCUUCAGUGCCAUGGGGACUGUGACCCAUUGGUUCCUUUAAUGUUCGGUUCUCUCACUGUUGAGAAGCUAAAGAGUAUGAUCAAUCCAGCCAACGUAACCUUCAGGACUUACUCUGGCAUGAUGCAUAGCUCAUGUAUUGAGGAGAUGAUGGAUGUAAAACAAUUCAUAGACAAACAUCUACCUCCUGUAGACUGAAACGAUGUGUGAGAAGCCUUCUAUAUAAAUACACCAGCAUCAACUGUGGGGUAUAUGAGUAUGUUGUAUUUGGGGGUUGUUAAAGAGCCCAGAAGCUAGAGGAAACUUCAAGAAUGUAUUUGAAGCCUAUCCUGUCUCCUCCCAUAUUACAGUGUGUACGUUGAGCUCCUGUCCUCUGUAACUUCCCAGCUGGUUGGAAAGCUGUGUGUAUGAUCUUGUAGUGAACUUCAUCACUACCUGAAGUGAUUUGGUGCUGGGAUUGUUGUCAUAAUUGCAUGUAUUUUUAGGCUGAAUGAUAGCUCAGUCUGGUGUGGGGGUUUUCAUAAUAUUCUAUUAAAAUGGAGCAGUUGGACUGUCCGUCUUCUAAAUGUGAAAGUCACAUUGAUACAAAAAUACCUUGCUUGCAGAUCAGUUUGUUUCAAUGGGUAUCUAACUCCCUAAUGCAUUUUUAAUUUCAAAAUGGUACUUAAAUUUGACUGCAGUUUUGUACAGUCAGAAGUCUGACUUCUUGUUGGAAUAUGUUGCCCACUUUUUAACAAACAUGUUGAAUUAUGUAUUAUAAGCCGAAUCUUCCAGCCAUUCUUGAAGUAAACCUGUACUGGGGUCUGUACUGUGGUGAGGGCUGUAUGAUUUGGUCUCUUCCUCCUAUCUUGUAUAAUUACAACACAGUGGAUUGGUAAAAGUACUGUACACUGUUACUGGUAUUAGAACUGUUAAUUAAAACAUGUUCUCUCUAAUGGAGUAUACUGCACUUCAUUGAAAUCAUUAGGAUCCAUCUUUUAUGUAGAGGUGCUAUUUGUGUUGAUGGAUGUGACUGAGAACAAACUGUAUAAGAUGUUAAUGAAGCCAUAUGUACAAGGCCUGUGUAUCUUAAAUUUCAUAAAGAAAUACUGAACACUUACUCUUUGUGUUAUGAAGUAUAAGCCAUUCAUAUUUAAUAUAAACAUCUAAGAUGUAAUUUACUUAGUUUACUCAUUCUAUUUAUGAUAAAAAAAUCUUAACUUUGGAAAUUAUUUCUGUAGUAAGGAAAAUGUAAAAUCCUUCCAUUUUUAUCAUUGUGAAAUAAAUUUCAAUCAGUGUUUGGGAAAGUACUACAGACUUUUUCCAUACUUACCUGAAAGAAGUCAAGCUUUCAUGUGCAGUUGAAAUGGGCACUUUAGAGGCUUCUUGCAAAUGUAUUGCAUGGUAAUGUAUGCAUGAUGCUAUAAUACAAAAGAACGAUGAUUUGUAGUUACUGAAAAGAAAAAAAAAAUCACCAAUUUAUGUUUUGCUACCUUGUUGAGAGAAUGCUAAGUAUGACUUCAUUUUUUUCAUGUUCUGGGUUAAUUUUAUUUUAACUUGUUUUCUGGGAAUUUGCAGUAAUUUUGAAAGAUAAAGGAAAUUAAAAUAUUUUCUAGUAGCUUUAUUCUAGGGCACUGAAGAGCCAAAGUCUUCUCACUGUGUACUGCCGCACCUUUCUCUGGGGGUUCUGCGGUGUCGGGGAGCCUUUGAAGUUAUAUUAGGCAUAGCAUACGUACCACUUAACAUAUUUGUUAAAGAAGCAGUUUUCAGGUCAGGGGUUACAUGUGCUCUUUAGGCUAACUGUAAUAUUUGAGGCUGAUCAGUGGUGCACGUAGUGUGGGGCACUCUAGAGAAAACUUGAGAUUAUCUGGGAAGAGAUGCUGAAGAAACUUGAGAGGCAAUGGGGUGUACAGGUAGUAAAGGCAGACCUUCCCCCUCAAGCAGUUUAAAGCAGCUAUAAAAGGCUGCUUGUCUCCGUAGACUGUGAUGUCUAAAAAUCAGUGUGGAGUACAGUUAGGAAGUUCAUGGAUGUGUGGAAAUGCACGUCAGAUGCAGUGCUGUAUGUGAAUAUAUUGUGGCAACUUAAGGGUAUAAGAAUAGCUAGUAACAAUAAAGAUGCAAUAC